AUGUCCGAUACCAACUCUCAACCUCCGGACACGAACAUGGAGGUCAACGACGAACUAGACCAGACGGUGGACGACGAGAUCAAGCAAGACGCGACACGACUGGAAACCGACGCUAUGAACCUCGACGGCGCAAAUGAUGCAGAACCCGCAGCGGUUAACGGCAUGGCAGACUCUGCCGCCGCCUUUGAGGCGCGCAUACCUGCGAAGAAGGACGCAACAUUGCGCGAGUUCCUAGGCAAGAUGGAUGACUACGCGCCGAUCAUACCCGAUGCAGUGACCAACUAUUACUUGACACGCGCCGGUCUGCCACCGCCACCUCAGACAUCACAACACCUCGCACGUCUCCUUGCGCUCGCGACACAGAAGUUCAUCGCCGACAUCGCAGCCGACGCCUACCAGUUCUCUCGCAUCAGGUCAUCCAACACCACAAGUAACAACCCUAUGGGUGGCGCAGGAGGAGCGCCGGCAGCAGCAGCGCCUGGUGGUGCGCCUGGCGGCAAGGAUAGCGGCUCUAAGGCCAAGGACUACAACCUCGGCAUCCAGCGCCCAGGAUAUGGAGGUGGAGGCCAGGGUGGCAAUCAAGGACGCACCGUGCUUACUAUGGAGGACCUGGGUAUGGCAGUAGGCGAAUACGGCGUCAACAUCAAGCGCGGAGAGUUCUACCGCUAG